AUGGUAAGCUUAUGGCCGAAGGAUCGUUUAGCACUGAGCCCGGCGGAGUGCCUUCAGCUGCCGGACAUCGUCAUCCACGACCACGGCCCCGACGUUCAACGUGCAGACCCCUCGGACCUUAAGGCACCUCGGGGCGCCCCGAGCUGCGAAAAAAGUGCCGAGAGCUUGGAGGCACCCACGCAAAGGCCUCUUUGGGAGGCUUCUGGUCAAUCAGAGGAUUCCUUCGAGAAGAAAGCUGUGGCCCACCUGAGCGUAGCUCUGCGACUCGAUGGCUCUUCGCGGGAGGCCGACACGUGUCGGCUUCUGGCCGAGGAGCUUGCAGCGGCCUUUGUGCGAAGUUGGGGCCUCACCCCCGAGUCCGCGCAGCGCCUGCGGGCGCUCCUGGCGGCGCUGCGCUCCAAUGCCGGCCUCCGCGCGGCCGUGCGGCAGCGGGCAGAAGCAGGCGCGGCGGUGCUCGCGAAGACCUUGGCCGCCGAGGACCCGCGAAGUUGGGCCGACGAGCAGCUGAAGGCGAAGCGUGCCGAGUGGCAGCGAGAGAGUCUCGCGGAAGCAGCACCGCAGCAGGGCGGUGUCCAGCGCCCGUGCCCUGAGUGUGGUGGCCGGGCGAUAUGUGAAACGGGGGCCAGCCAGAACUUCAAGAUAUCGAAGUCCUUUACUCACUAUCGAUGUCUGGAGUUGAACUGUGGCAAGGAGACGCACAUGACUGAAUGA